AUGGCCAAGCUCUUCGCAAUCAUCCUCGCCACCGUCGCCGCCAUCUCCGGCGUCCAGGCUCAGUCCUGCCCCGGCAACGCUCGCCUUUGCGGCAGCGAAAUCGUCAACGAUUACCAAUGCGUUGAGCGAGCUAGCCUCAUCUUCCUCACCCCCGUCGGGAACGAGCCCGAGGACUGCAUCUUCCCCACCAACGAGUUUGGUGAGCCCCAGGCUAGGGGUACGGCCUGCUGUGCCAUUGGCAGGUGCACUCCUAGCGGCAACUCGGCCAUCUGCGACUAA